UAAAGCCGAACGCACAAAAAUCUAUCUUUCAUUCAAGAAUCUAUCCUCCUCACCAUAUGUUUGUCAAUUGUCCCCACCCCAUUUCUCCACAAUAAAUUAUCCCAAAAGCCCUUGAAGUUAACCCUCCCCAAUCCUUUUAUUUUUCACGUUUCCAUUCCAGGUGCUCUUCCUUCAUUAUUAAAUUAUACGCUACAACACGGAGCUAGAAAGUAUAUAUAUAUAUAUAUAUAUAUUUGUAUAUUUAUAUGCUAGCCGGUGAUGCCAACGCCGGUGAGCUCAGCAAGGCAAUGUUUAACCGACGAGGCGGCGCGUGCGUUAGACGACGCCGUCGCCGUCGCACGAAGGCGGAGUCACUCUCAAACCACAUCUCUCCACGCGGUAUCAGCUUUACUAUCUCUACCGGCGUCCACCUUACGCGACGCGUGCGCGCGUGCACGGAGCUCGGCUUACUCGCCUCGGCUCCAGUUCCGCGCGCUUGAGCUGUGUGUGAGCGUGUCGCUCGACCGGCUCCCGUCGGCUAAAGCGAAAACCCUAACGGAUGAGCCGCCGGUUUCGAACUCGCUUAUGGCGGCUAUUAAACGGUCUCAGGCGAACCAACGGCGGCAUCCGGAAACGUUUCAUUUUUACCAGAUGCAGGUUAACGGUUCUCAAUCGUCGUUAAAUAAUAAUAUCAAAGUCGAGAUUAAACACUUUAUAUUAUCGAUCCUUGAUGACCCGAUUGUCAGUCGGGUUUUUGGUGAUGCGGGUUUCCGGAGCUCCGAUAUUAAGAUUGCGGUUUUACACCCGCAAUCUGUUUCCGGGUUCCAGAAAUCUUUUAAAUAUCCCCCGGUGUUUUUAUGUAAUUUACCGGAUAUGAAUCGAACAGGGAUUAAUAUUAAUAUGAAUAAUAUUAAUUUCCCGUUUGCUGUUGAUAAUGUGGAGGAAGAAUUCAAGCGAAUCGGGGUUGUUUUAGCGAAGAAAAGCUGUAAAAACCCGUUGUUGAUUGGGGUUUCUGCGGGUAGUGUGGUUGAUGGGUUUAUAGAUGGGUUAAAGAUCGGGAAAACCGGUUACUUGCCUAAUGAAAUUGAGGGUUUGGAUGUGGUGGAGAUUAAGAAGGAGAUUAGUGAGUUUGUUUGUGGGGAUUUGAGUGAAGAUUUGAUGAGUUUGAAGAUGAAUCAACUGAGGGAAAAGGUGGAGGGUUGUGAGAGGUGUGGUGUGAUUGUGAAUUUCGGAGAGUUGAAGGUGGUUCUUGAUGGGGUGCGAGUGGAAUACGUUGUUUCGCGGUUGAGCGAUUUGGUGAGUGUUUGUGGUGGGAAGUUGUGGUUGAUUGGUUCGGUUGGGAGUUAUGAGGUUUAUAUGAAGAUAUUGGCCAAGUUUCCGGGUUUGGAUAAAGAAUGGGAUUUGAAUUUGCUUCCGGUUACUUGUUCUAAGUUGAAUCCCAAUGGAUCACAGUUGAAAUCCAGUUUGAUGGGGUCAUUCGUGCCAUUCGGUGGCUUCUUCCCGGUACAAACGGAGUUGGAGCGCUCAUCGUCAAGCAAACAAGACCAGUCCGCAACGCGAUGUCACGAUUGCAACGAGAAGUAUGAGCAAGAAGUUUCGGUUGUUUUGAAGGGGGGCAAAACAGUAUCGGUUGCUGAUCAACAGUCAACGGGUUUGGCUUCUUGGCUACAAGUUCCCGAAUCUGAUUCAACCAUGGGUACAGAUCACGGCGGUGUGUUUAACGCCCGAAUCACGGGCCUCCAGAGGAAAUGGUCGGAUAUAUGUCAUCGUCUCCACCACAACUUGCCGCCACAACAAGUCGGUUCUCAAAUCCGGGAUCGAAUUCCUUUUCAUCAAGGCCAAGAUUCAAAUCAAGAAAGCAGAUGUAGAAAUCUGUCACCGCCGGUUGACUUUUUUGCAAAGCCGACAUCAUCAUUAUCUCCAACAAUUUCCAUAACAACAGAUUUGGGCCUGGGAACCAAUUAUGUCUCACCCGAUCCAAACCCGGGACCACCAGCCCACGAAACCCGUCUACAAACCUUCAACAGGCUGGGUCCUGCUGAAAUAGAUGAAACGCGUAAACAUAUUUCAAAUGAGAAAGAUUUUAAGCAACUUUACAGAGCACUUGCAGAUAAAGUUGGAUAUCAGAAUGAUUCUAUUCGGGCCAUUAGUGAAACGAUCACACGGGUCAGAACUGGUCCCGGAAGGCGCUAUGUAUGGUUUAUGUUUUCUGGGCCCGACCCAGUGAGCAAGAAGAAAGUCAGCAGUGCUCUUGCGGAGGUCGUUUUUGGCAGCCCGAAAAGCUUGAUUUCUAUCGAUUUGGACUUUGAAAGUCAAAUGAGUCACCCGGGUUCGGUUUUUAACCGUCAAAGUGUGAACUUUUCUGAUCCGUCAUUUAGAGGGAAAACCGUCAUGGAGUUCGUUGCUGAAGAGUUGACGAAGAAACCUCAGUCUGUUGUUCUUUUUGAACACGUAGAUAAAGCCGAUUUCGUGACGAAAGAUAAUCUUUCUCGGGCCAUUAAGACGGGAAAAUUAUCGGAUGCUCGUGGUAGAGAAACACGUAUCACCGAUGCAAUAUUUGUGCUCACCACAAGCUGUAAAGAGGAAAAUGCGAAAGAAUUCUUUAGCUAUUCAGAAGAAAGAAUCUUGAAUGCGCAAGCCCUACAAAUGAGAAUUCAAGUCGAAAAAACCGAACCCAGAAACUCGAGUUUACUACUUCUCCCUAAAGAUUCGGUUUUGAAAAACCCCGAGACGCCAAAAAAACGAAAGAUCAUCGAAAUAGGCGGUUUCGAAAUAAUGGUACCAAAAGUCAAGAAACCAAAGUCUUGUUUUGAUUUAAAUCUUCCAUUGGAGGAGACCGAAGGAAGCGAAAACGAGACGGUUUCCGAAACCAAAGAGGUGUGGUUGGAAGACGUUUUAGAUCAAGUCGACGAAAAUGUGGUUUUCGACUCUUUUGACUUCGACUCUCGGGCCGAAACGAUCUUGAAAGAAAUCGGCAAACGGUUUGAGAAAUCAUUUGGAAGAAAUGUUGUGUUAGAAAUUGAGAAUGAAGUGAUGGUGCAAAUACUUGCAUCAGAUUGGGCAUCAAAUGAAAAUGGGGGUGUUGAGAAUUGGAUUGAAAGUGUACUCUAUAGAGGUUUUAUGGAUGUAAAAGAAAAAGAAGGUGUGGAUAAUGAAACUGUGGUGAAAUUAGUGGUGGUUGAAGGGGUUAAGAUAGAAGAAGAUGAUAAUGCCUUGUGUGUUUGUCUUCCUUCAAGAAUUAUGGUCAAAUGAUAUGUUGUUGUAGGUAUGUUUUGUUGUAAUUAUCAUACUAUAAAGUCUUAAAACUGUGUCUAUCAUAGUAUCAAUGUUAUAUUCUUUACCAGCUUAUGUAGGUCUUUAUUAUAACGUUGUUUAUCUUUUUUUCUUCUUUAUAGUGAUGUUUUUGUUAAAAUAACAUGUUAUGUUAUCCGUUU